UAUGACUAGAUAUAUGUGUUUAUAUAUCUUCAUAUUUGAAGCCGCAGUUUGAAUAAACAAGAUGGCGGAAAAUUUGAGUGUUCCUGCCGAUUUUGCGGAAAAUAAGCAAAAAGUUGUGAAUAUGAACUUGUUACCACCUUCAGCUUUUCAAACUAAAACCAGACAAGGAGAUCCCUGGAAGGAGAUUGCAAAAGCCACAGAGGAAGUUGUUAAGCUAAAAAUAGAAAAUACAAAACUCAGAGAAGCUCAGAGAAAGUCACCUGAACCAACUGUAUUCCAGCCAGCCCCUGCACCUGUAAUUCAGGAGCCAGUGCAAAGAUCAUCUUCACCAGGAAUAUGCAAAUACUCUUCCAAAAAGGAGGAUUUUAAAUACAUUGAUGAACUGAUUAACAAACAGGCUGGGGAAAUUACUGAUUUAAAAAAUGAACUGAGAUCUGUAAAAUGUCUUCAUAGAGAAGAAAUUACUGAAAUGGAAAGGCAGCUAACUCUAAAAGAAAGAGAAUACACACAUCAGGUUACCACCCUUGAAGUAGAAUUGAAAGCUACUGAAGAUAGAUAUGAAAGUCAGAUUGACAGGUUAAGUCGUGAACAUCAAAGGGAGACAGAUAAUUUGAGAAGUACAAUAGGCAAGCUUCAAGAUGAGUUAGAAAAUAUCAAAUCCAGAUCGUCGGAGAGAAUAAAUGAUCUGGAAACAACUUACGAGAAUUUUAAACAAAACAGCAAUGAACACGUGGAAAAACUCCUGCAAGAAUUAAAGUCAAAUGAAGUGACAAUAGAAAAUCAGAUGAAGCAAAUAGGACAGUUAAAGAAAUAUAUAGGGGAGACUGAAAACUUGCCAAAGCCCAAAGAUAUAGCUAGAAAAGAAAUGGAAUCAAUGCUUACUAAAAUAAAGGUAUAUGAGACAGAGAAGGAGAAUACAAACUCUACCAUACAACUGUUAAAUAUCAGGUUAAACUCAAUGAAUGAAAUCCUUAAACUUCAAGAACUAGAACUCAGCAAGUGUUCCAGUGAAGGAGAUAAAAAGAAGAAGGAAAAUUUGUUAUUAACAAGUUUACGCAAGUUCAUUUUCUAUGAGUUUAUAACAGAUGGAGGGGAAAAGGUGUUACCUAAUGGUAACAGACAGAAUCUCAAUUACUAUCCCUGUUUAAUGAAAGAAGAGAGUAAAGCCUGGAAAGCCAAGGUGGAAGGUUUAGAGGAGAGGUUAUCAUCAGCCAGGAACCAGAUAGAACAAUUAUCACAUACUCUAUCUGAUAAAGAUGCUCAACUAAAUAUAGAAUCUAACAACUGUAAGAAAUUACAGCUUGAAUUAUCAGAGGCUCAGCAACUUGCCCUGUGUUUAGAUGAUAGAGUUCAAGAAAAUGUUCAAAAUGCACAAAUCUUACAAGAAUUUGCUGCAAGUGUGUGGGCAAAAUACCAGGAGAAUUUAGAGAUACUGUCUACAGCUAUGUCCAGUCUGAAAGCUUAUGGUCAGAGAAUCAGCUUUGCAAGUGGACGUAUGGAAAUGUUACAAGGAUUAUUUGCGAGGAAGGAAGCUAUGUUAAAACUACAGAUGGAGAAAGGAGAUAUACCAGAGAGAGAUAUCAGUCAUAAUGUUGAAGCUGAGAAACAUGAUAGUGAGGAAAGUUCAUAUUUACGUUGUGAGUUGGAGAGGGUUAUACGAGAAAGAGAUAACCUGGCAGCUCAAAUAAAACAAGAUUCUCAAACGUUAGACAACAAAAUUCUCUCCAUCAGAUCUCAAGUGGAGGAAGAAAUUGAAACAUUAAAACAAGCCAACUCUGAUCUGGAGAGUAUUGUACAAGACAAAUCACAGAAAUGUUCUGAACUAUCAGAGAAGUUGGAGAAAUGUCAGAGUGAUCUAGACUACGCCAACCAGAAUAUAGAAGAUCUUAAAACCUCAAUGGGCAAACAAGAAUUAAACAUGCAACAAAUCCUAGAGGAGCAGAAAAGGGAUGUAGAGAACCAGUUCUCAGACAGACUUGCUGACAUGGAUAGACAAAUUAAUGAGGCUAAACGUGAACAUGCUAAAGCAGUUGUAUCAGUACGACAGUUAGAGAGACAGAUGUCAAGGGAGAAGGAGCGGGCCAUCGAGCAAUUAUCUACGACGGAAGAACAUUAUAAACGGCAACUAGAUCUUCUACAUACACAACUGAAAACUAUAGAGAAAGAACGAAAUCUCAUGAUGGCAACUCUACGUCAAGAGGGACUUAUUGGUAAAUUGAGAAGUGAGAGACUGGAACCAGUUACACAUAGUUUUGAUGAGGAAGAGGAACCAGUCAGAGAUCAUACAGAGCCAGUAUCUAAUAUUGAUGCCACAUAUUCGCAGCCUGAAUUGCAACAAGAAUCGGUAACAGAGGAGGCAAUGACAACAGUGUUAGAAGAUCUUAAAUCAUUGACAGAUGCCGUGUUAAAUGAUGAUAAUUCUGAUACAGAUUCGGAGAAUGAUGUAUAGCAUUUACUGUGGAAAUAGUGUUAUAGUGACUGUGAUAUAUUUAAUUAAUUUAGAGGUUGAAGCCACCUAAACCUGUACUAGAUAUUAUCUUAUUGUAGUGAGAUAUUAUUAUAUAAUGCCAUUAGAGAUAUGUUAGAUAUAUAAGUCUGAUUUGUUGAUAGUUUAAUGGAACUCUAUGACCUAGUGAGUUGACAUCCUAGUGGUAAUGGAACUCCAUGGCCAAGUGAGUUGACAUCCUAGUG